AUCUCCCUGGUGAUGGUGGGAAUCGGUGUGUAUGCCCGCAUGAUGAAGCAUGCAGAGGCAGCACUUGCAUGUCUGUCAGUGGACCCGGCUAUAAUGCUGUUGGUCGUGGGGAUCCUCAUGUUCAUCAUCACCUUCUGCGGCUGUGUGGGCUCACUACGAGAAAACAUCUGCCUUCUGCAGACAUUCUGCAUCUGUCUGACAGUGAUCUUUCUGCUCCAGCUGACUGCCGGGGUCCUGGGCUUCAUCUUCUCUGAUAAGGCUCGGGCUAGAGUGACAGAGAUGGUCAGUAAUGCCAUCGUCCACUACAGAGAGGACCUUGAUCUGCAAAACCUCAUUGACUUUGGUCAGAAAGAGUUUGGCUGCUGUGGUGGUGUGACGUACACCGACUGGUCCCAGAACAUGUACUUCAACUGUAAGCCGGAAAACCCCAGCAGAGAGCGCUGUUCUGUCCCCUUCUCCUGCUGUCUCAUGACGAAAAAGGAG